CAACUUUAUAUUGUGACAUCGCGGACGGUUACAAGUUCCAGUUUUCACAUGGACAUUUUGUCAGUUGCAGUCCACCACGUGUGAAGCUAUGAGACCAGCAUGUUUGGUUCUGACAGCAGGAUUCGGCGUCGUAUGAGGAAAAAACACGGUUUUUUAUCGAAAUGGCAAACCAUGAGAGAAACAAAAAGAUUUUAAUGGAGCUGGUGAAGCAGCCCAGCAACAGUCGAUGUGCUGAUUGCGGCGGGCCCGAUCCAGAAUGGGCAUCCUAUAAGCUGGGUGUGUUUGUGUGUCUGAACUGCUCCGGCACCCAUCGCAGCAUGUCCAGCCGAGUCAAGUCCAUAAAGCUGGACUUCUGGGAGGAUGAGCUUGUGGAGUUCAUGAAAGCCAAUGGCAAUGCCAGCGCUCAAGCUUUGUAUGAGAGAGCUGUUCCACCGUACUACUAUCGGCCCCAGGAAAAUGACAGUGCAGUCUUAAGAGAGCAGUGGAUUCGGGCUAAAUAUGAGCGGAUGGAAUUCACAGGAGAAACCAAGUAUCCACCCAUUUCAUAUACAACAGGUUUCUAUGAAGGGCUGCUGUGGAAGAAAGGGAAAGACAACACACAGUUUCUGAAGAGGAAGUUUGUGCUGUCUGAGAGAGAAUUUACCCUGAGUUAUUACAACAAGGAAAAUGAGUCUAAAGGUCCUAAAGCUGUAAUCUCCAUCAAGGACCUAAACGCCACAUUUCAGCCUGAGAAGAUUGGUCAUCCUCAUGGGCUGCAGAUCACCUACCAAGAUGAUAAUCACACCAGGAACCUCUAUGUCUAUCACGAGAGUCCUGAGGAAAUAGUCACGUGGUACACCGCCAUGCGUGCUGCUCGCUAUGCAUACCUGAAAACAGCAUACCCGACUGGAAGUGAUGAAGAACUGAUACCAAAGAUAACAAGAAACUACCUCAAAGAGGGAUACAUGGAAAAGACAGGACCACUGCAAAAGGAGCCAUUCAAAAAGAGGUGGUUUAUUUUGGACUCUCAAAACAGGAAGCUGUUCUAUUUUAAAGGCCAAUUGGACGCAGAGGAGCUAGGGGUCAUUUUCAUUGGCACAGAGAGCAAAGGUUACUCUGUGAAGGAGUGUGUCCCGAAGAAUGCACGAGGAAACAAGUGGAAGUGUGGCGUUAUGGUGGAGACGCCUGAGCGGCAGUUUGUCUUCAUGUGUGAGCAGGAGAGGGAGCGGAAAGAAUGGCUGGAUGCCCUCAGACAGGUCCUGUACCGACCCAUGGCACCGCAGGAUUACACCACUGAAGCCAGCAUCAAAUAUAAAAAAUGAACUACAGAGAGGUGUCCCAACAGGCCAGUGGGGAGAGGACUGCUGUGUGUGACAACACAGGCAACAGAGCUACUGCAGCUCUUUUCACCAGUUUGCUCCCAGUAAAGACUCUCAUCUUUGUGUUGUUGGGAACCAUCUUGAACCAGGACUUGGCCUAUGCUCUGUGCUGCAGUGUGGAUUAAAGACCUCCAUCCAUUGCCUUUAACUGACAUGGAUUUGAUGCUCAGACUCUUAGACUCCACAAAGUAAAAUCCCCUCGUACCUCCUUCUCACUGUAUCAGCACUGUUCUGUUGAUAUCAAGAUACAGUCACUGCAUAAUAUCAUGCUAUUUUUAUGCUGUUUUUUUUUAUUUUGUAACGAAAAAAUGUGAUUUUCUAUUUGGUUGUGACCAUGUUUCAUGACAGUCUGUCCAUAAAAAUUAAAUUGCUCUUUAAACAAGAUAAAGCUUGGUUUAGUUUAUAGAUUAUAGUUUUUAGUUUUAUUAUAUAGAUCUGAAGUUUAAUAAAAUGAAUUUGAAUUUGUCAUUUUUUUUAUUUUGUAUUGUGUAUUUUUUUUAUUGAUCAAAUCCAUUAAAUGUAUACUGUGCAAGAUUUUACUAAUAAAACAAAUAACAAUC